UUCUGCAGCUUGCUAGUGUCGUAAGGCGCAGGACUAGCCAUUUGUCUCUUUACCAUGUGGUGUGCCUUAUUAGCGUCACCAGACUUGCCGUAGCCGUAGCCACUAUCCUGAAACCCAAAGAACAAAAUAUUACCUUUCGUCUGAAAAUAGCUGACGACCGACCGCGGACGACUGCGCCUGCAACAAUCUGUGAGAGAGUUCAAGGAAGUGAGGGAGGCCAGCGACCACAAAAUGAAGUCUGAGGGAAUUGAAGGCUGUGAGAGAUUUCUGAGUCCUGGUAAAGGCCGAGGCAUGAGAGCAACGAAACACUUCAAAGUUGGCGAUCUCAUUUUCGUAUGCCCGGCGUAUUCCUACGUUUUGACAGUGAACGAGAGGGGUGGCCACUGUGAAUGCUGCUUUACGAGGAGAGAAGCUUUAUCCAAGUGUGGAAAAUGUAAGCAAGCCUACUACUGCAAUGUGGAGUGCCAGAAAGGAGAUUGGCCCAUGCACAAGCUUGAGUGCUCUGCUAUGUGUUCAUAUGGUGAAAACUGGUGUCCUUCAGAAACUGUGCGACUUGUGGCUCGAAUCAUUCUGAAACAGAAAUUCCAGGCAGAGCGGACUCAGUCAGAAAGGUUGCUCGCACUGAAAGAGUUUGAAGCACAUCUGGACAAGAUGGACAAUGAGAAAAAUGAGAUGAACCAAACUGAUAUUGCUGCACUCCGUCAUUUUUACUCACGGCAUCUGGAUUUCCCUGAUAAUGCUGCUCUCACGGAACUCUUUGCCCAGGUGAACUGUAAUGGUUUUACUAUUGAAGAUGAGGAGUUGUCUCAUUUGGGCUCUGCAGUCUUUCCUGACGUUGCUUUGAUGAACCACAGCUGUAGUCCAAAUGUGAUUGUGACUUAUAAAGGCACACUGGCUGAGGUUCGAGCUGUUCAGGAGAUCAGCCCUGGAGAAGAGAUUUUCAAUAGUUACAUCGAUCUCCUGUAUCCAACAGAGGACAGGAAUGAAAGGCUGAGGGAUUCAUACUUCUUUACCUGCGAUUGCAAAGAAUGCACCACGAAAUCUAAGGACAAAGCCAAAAUGGAGAUCUGCCGAAAGCUGAGCACACCACCAGAGCCAGAGGAAAUUCGAGAAAUGGUGAGAUAUGGAAAGAAUAUCAUUGAGGAGUUCAGGAGAGCCAAGCACUACAAGACUCCCAGUGAACUGCUGGAGAUUUGCGAGUUGAGUCUGGAGAAGAUGGGAUCCAUUUUUGAGGACACAAAUGUGUACAUGUUGCACAUGAUGUACCAGGCUAUGGGUGUAUGUCUCUAUAUGCAAGAUUGGGAUGGAGCCAUGAAGUAUGGCGAGAAAAUAGUGCAACCAUAUAGUGUACACUACCCUCCAUAUUCUCUCAAUGUGGCCUCUAUGUACCUGAAACUUGGAAGACUUUACUUAGGACUUGAAAAGAAAGCAGAAGGAGUUAAAGCUCUAAAGAAGGCUGUGUCCAUCAUGAAUGUGGUGUUUGGUAAGGACCACCAUUACAUUGCUGAGAUUAAGAAGGAGAUGGAGGAACAGAAGUGAAAAAGACAAAGUAGAGAACCUUUGUAAAUGCAACAAAGGCUGCAUGGCAUGGAUCUUAUACCUCUGCCUGAAUACAAAGUGAUGUCAUAAUUAUGUUUCUUUCUGGUGUUGUUUAGAUAUGUUUUGUUUUACUUGUCAUUGAUGACCUGAAUGCUCGAUUUUGAGGUGCUGGUAUUGUCUGUCUUCGGUUGGAAACAAUGUUUUGUGUGAGCAAGGGCUAAUAUUUAAAAACCAAAUAUAAUUCUACAAAUGAUAAAUUCUUAAAAGUAUUUAUAAAUGACAUUUUUGCUUUCCCAUGUAGCAACCAGAAGUUGAGACUCUGGAAAACCAAAAUUAAAAUGCAAAAAUAGUUUGAACUAGCUCACUUUCUCGAAAUGUAAACCAUGUAAUAUGCUUUUUGUACACAUCAUUCUCCAUAUUAAAUUACUGUGUGGUGUUGCAUGAAUGUUUUGCAAGAAAUAGUGUACUGUGUUUGAGGCUGAAACUGUAUACCAGAUGUCAUGGGUUCUAGCCUUGCUGGAAGGCCAGAAUCCAGCUUAAUUUGAUGAUUUCUCUGCUGGAACACACCUGUUGUGGCUCAUCUGUUAAUUACCAGUGUUUGAGCAAGGAAAUCACCAAACUGUGCAGGUGCUCCAAGACUGGAAUUGAUGAGCCCUGCUCUAUACUACAAUAUAGAAGAUGCUGCAAAAUGUUCUGUAGGAAUAAAAUUGAAUUUAAUUGAAUAUAGAAUCUGGAAAUUAUCACAGGGUUUUCAGAUUUUCACUGUUUUUGCUGUACUGCACCACUUGAAAAGCAGCCAUUAAUGGCAACCUGUCUUCUAAAGUUUAUUUUGCAUGAACAAGCACACAAGAGAAAUAAAUAAAAUAGUAAGGACUCAGGAUUUGAGUUUUGUAGACAAAAGGCCAUAAUGUGACACACAGGAGAAAAUGGGGAAAGGUACUAGUGGGGGUAGGCUGGAAUUUAAAUAUAGACUAUUAAUAUUAUACAACUGUACAUUAUUUACUUUAUAUAACUGCUGGGCAAUAAUUAUUGGAACAUAGCUAUCUAUGAACCGCUGUUCAAAGUUUAGCCCUUUGCUGCUAAUACCGGAUUGUGGGAACAGCAGAAUCAUGUUAUCAAAAAUCUCAAAAAAAUAUUUUAAAAAAGAUUAUGAAAAUGUUAUAAAAACUAAAAGCAGUGUUUUAAAAAAACGGAUCUGUCUUGAAUGAUGGCACAUAUUCCAAAUUUAAUGUCAGCAGCACAUCUGAAAAUAUUAACAUGGACAGCAUAUAUUGUAUACAAAACAUUUUUGUUGAUUGUCUUAAUAAAUAAUGCAUCCUCCACAGAAAACUAAGAUAAAAAUGCCUAUUUUCUGAAAAUUUUAGUGCACAAUUUCUGUUCAUUUGCAGAGUUUUACAUAUUGGAAACAAUAUAAAGUUUUUAGACCUUAUUUGUUUUGUUUAAGUAUGUUACAUUCAGUAAACUAAUUGUGCAUUAAAAUAUUUAGUUGUGUGUUAUUUGUAGAGGAUGUGUAUUUGUUCACUAGUGUGCACGAAUGUGGGUGUUUCACUGCAUGGAUGGGUUAAAUGUGGAGGUCUAAUUCCACAGUGUGCAAACACAGUUGGCAAAAAUGGUUCAAAAUUCUAAAAUGCUCAAAUUUAUUUUUACUUAGAAUGCCAACAAAACAGUUUGACUAUGGCCAAAACCUUUUCAUAUAUCUUUAAUAUGUCAUUCUUAACUAGGCUAAAAGCAGCUUACAUUUAUAUCAAUUUUAAUAAUUUACUACUGUUCCUUUUUACAUUGUUUUUAUAGCUGCCUAGACAAAUUACCCUACCCUAUCAUUUUGUUGACAGUAUGUAUUUGUUCUUGUGCCACAUGUCAAUCAUCACACAAAAAAGGCCUUUAUCCAUGACGGAGAUUUAGAUGAGCACAACCUAUGUGCAGAGUGGCUUGUUCUGUGAUGUCACAUUACUAUGGAGCAUCUAAAAGAAGUGCUGUGUUUUAUUUUAGAUAAAAAUGUCAUUAAAAAUAUCAAAUUGCUUGCCAAAGGUGAGUAAACUGGAAAAAAAAAUGUUUUGGUGUAACGUUUAAUUGAUGUGAAAUUUUGUAUGAAUUUGAGUUAAUUCAGUGGACAUAACAAGCACUGCCCCCUGUAGCAAGACCUUAAAUGGGCAGUUCAUGCUUGAAGAACGUCAAGAAGAGUGGGCCACAAUUCCUUCACAGCAAUGUAAUAGACAUCUCCAGCGUUUGAUUGAGGCCAUUGCUGCUAAAGGUUGUUAACUUGUGUUUACAUGAGUGAUCUAGAUGUUGUGUUUUGUGUCUCCUCUCGUUCACCUCAUCAUAAGCAUGAAACAAAUUCCUUUUUCCAACAUGGUAAAGACUUAUUCCAACAAGCUGCAGUUGUCAAAGGCUGCUUAUGUCAACUUCGAUGUAUCGUUGACAUAACACCUACAGUACUGUGAAAAAGUUUUAGGCCAUGAGAUGUGUAAUGUGUUCAUCAUUACAAUAAGCAUAAAAAUGAUAAAUACAAAUAAACCAAACAUUGAUAUGA